AUGCCCAAUUCUUCCGGCUCCUCGGAUUUUGUGCGAAAGCUCUUCAACAUGCUUGAAGACCCAGAAUAUAAACAUAUUCUGAGGUGGAGCGAUACUGGAGAUUCGUUUAUCGUGGUUGAUGAUAUGAUGGCAUUUUGUUACGUGCCUGACAACUUACAAGCUCAAGAUUAUUGGUAUCGUGUUCAGUCAGUUGCCAUUGGUAGCCUCAACGAGUUCACGAAAACAGUGUUACCACGCCACUUUAAGCAUUGUAAUUUUGCGAGCUUUGUUCGUCAACUCAACAAGUACGACUUUCAUAAAGUCCGUCAUGACGAUGGCGCUCCGAGUAUUUAUGGAGAAGGAGCUUGGGAAUUCCGGCAUGAUGAUUUUCAGUUACAUCACAAGGAUUUGCUUGAUAACAUCAAGCGAAAAGCCCCAACCUCCAAACGAAACACGAACAAUGACAAUACUGCAACUGUUUUGGAGAGUUUACGGCACCAAGUAGAAUCUAUCACGGAGUCACAAAAAGUGCUGGAUCGCAAUUUGUGUUACUUUACAUCAAACUACCAAAAUGUGCUGCGUCGUAUGUUGGACAUGAGACGCAACAUGGAGACUCGUGACGCUUUUCUGCGCAACGUAAUCUCCUACUUGUACAACCUUGAAAGCUCUACUCCUUCUCAACAGAGUCCUUCAUCCAUGUUUGUUCCCUCUCAGCCCUUGCGAGACUUGAUGAACUCUUAUAAAAUACUUAUGAAUGAAAGACAUGAGGAGCAUGCUACUACUCCUUUAAGCGCAUCGUCACUGAAUGAACUACAGCAACAAGAUGCAACAACUGUGGAUGUGAAAAUGCAUCGGCAACCAGCUUCUUCCGUUUACUCACCAACCGCGGCCACUGAGUUUGACGUUAAUGCAACUCAAGCUACUAGCUCUUUGUCCAUGCUCAUGUCAAAUACAUCCACAUCAAGCAUUGCUGGCUUGCGCAACUCUGCAAGUAGCGCCUCUAUUGUUUCUGCCGCUCAGCAACAACAACCUCAAGCCCCUAUUCCGCGUCCCGCGUUCGUAAACAGUUUCCCCCAUGUAAACAAUCACCAAACAGCCGCUUACAUGCAUCUCGAGUCGGAAUCCGCUCAGCCAUUCUCCCAUCCAUCCACCGACUCGCUUACAGGAAACGGACUCAUUACCAGUCCUCAACCACAGGUGCCCAUCACCGGUUUGUGGACGCGUCGUCCCCAUAUCCUUGUCGUCGAAGACGAUGAGUUGUCUAGAACGCUUGUGGUUAAAUUUCUAACAGAGUUCGAAUGUCAAGUUGACUUUUCUGUUGAUGGCAUUUCUGCGGUUAACAAGGCAAACUCGGUUUCGUACGAUUUGAUUUUAAUUGAUUUGGUUCUACCAAAUUUAGAUGGCCUCUCAGUAACCUGUUUAAUACGCCAGUAUGACAUGAACACUCCUAUUGUCGCGAUGACUUCUAAUAUUUCAAUGGACGAUGCUAUGGUCUCAUUCAAUCAGGGAGUAAAUGACUUGUUGCUAAAACCAUUUACGAAAUCUGGAUUGAUGCGAAUUCUUAAAAAACAGCUCUCUGGCUUAUUCCGAUCGCCCAACAAUGUUGUUGAUUCAGGUAUGCCUUCGUCUAAUGCCGUACCGAAGCCUAAACAAGGAGUUUCGUUUUCCUUCGAAGGUGAUUCGCCUGUAUAUACGCGUCAAGCCGUUGAAGACAAUUCUAUACAAGCAGAAAUUCCUCAGCAUCAACAACGUCCUUUGUGA